CUGCCAUCCACUCCAUCCUUGCAUGUCCAGUCGCGUGAAAACACCUCUGAGCUCGCCAAACUGCCGCCAUAACGUCUACUCGGAGAAAAGCGGUCAUAACGCCGAUACACAAGUCGACUUGCUUCGGCCAUGGGCUCACACAACCAACACUCUGAUGGAGAUGUCAAGUCGACGGAUUCCGACAAACACUCGAUAUCCUCAAUCUCCGUGCCCGAACAACCAGAAGUCGAGUCAAUCUCAACGCCUCUACCGCAAACCGACGGCAUUCACCCACUCCCAAGCCCCGACGAGCAUGAUGCAUCAUCAUUAGAAAAACAAAUCACGCCUUCCAUAACAAGUGAAGACAUCGAUCCAAUAUUCGUACCCAAAGGACAAAGAAGAGGACUGCUAGCCCGCGUGGCCAUCAUCGCCGAAGCUGAGAAUCCCAAACACUACGCUCGCAGGACAAAAUGGUUCAUCACCUUUGUGGUCGCCAUGGCAGGUGCUGGAGCACCGAUGGGUAGCUCAAUUAUUCUCCCUGGACUGUCCAAAAUCGAGCGCGAAUUCAACUCUACAUCCACCGUCACUAAUCUAUCAGUCGCUUUCUACAUGCUUAGCAUGUCUAUUUUCCCGCUCUGGUGGUCUAGCUUCUCCGAGACGCUCGGCAGACGGACUAUUUACCUGGCGUCCUUCUUCCUGUUCCUGGUCUUUAACAUCUUGAGCGCUGUCAGUGUUAACAUCACUAUGUUCAUCAUUAUGCGUGUUCUUUCUGGAGGUGCCGCUGCUUCUGUACAAGCUGUUGGUGCUGGGACCAUCGCCGACGUCUGGGACGUCAACGAGCGAGGCAAUGCGAUGAGUUAUUUCUAUCUCGGACCUUUGAUGGGGCCACUCUUGGCGCCGAUUGUAGGAGGAGCAUUAACACAGGGCCUUGGAUGGAGGAGUACCAUGUGGUUCACGACAAUCUAUGGUGGACUUCUCUGGUUUCUGAUUCUAUUCUUCCUUCCAGAGACUUUGAAGGACACAAAAUCGGUUGCUGCCCUAGCUGAAGCCUCAGAAAAGGACGCCACCACAAGACCAACCCUCUCCAGAACAAGUACACGCCAAAGUGUAGCCCUCAAGUCAAAACGCUACAUUACCAUCCUCCGUCGCUGGUUCGUUGACCCUCUUGCCAUUAUCCUCAACCUACGCAUUCCAGCCGUAGCCCUUGUUGUCUAUUACGCCUCCAUAACUUUCGGCUCCCUCUACGUCCUUAACAUCUCCGUUCAACAAACCUUCGAUUCGGAUCCUUACAACUACUCUACCAUCAUCGUCGGUCUUAUGUACAUUCCCAACUCUCUAGGCUAUUUCCUAGCUUCCCUGCUGGGUGGGAGAUGGAUCGACAAAAUCAUGGCUAGAGAGGCUAAGAAAGCGAACCGCUAUGAUGAACACGGCCACCUUAUCUACCGCCCCGAAGAUCGUCUCCGUGAGAAUGCAUGGUUGGGCGCUUUCAUGUUCCCACUCGCACUCAUAUGGUAUGGCUGGUCCGCUCGCUACCACACUUUCUGGCUCGUCCCCAUGAUCGCCAACUUCUUCUUCGGUAUCGGCUCGAUGCUUAUUUUCGCCGUCGUUACUACAAUGUUGACCGAAUUCAUGCCUAAGAAAGCAUCUCACGGUAUUGCUCUGAACAAUUUCGUGAGGAAUAUCUUUUCUUGCGUGGGUAGUUUGGUUGCUAGUCCAUUGAUUGACUGGUGUGGAGAUGGAUGGCUUUUCACAGUCAUUGGGAUUUGGUGUCUGAUAUCUGGAAUUCUAGUCAUCUGGAGCAUGAGGAGAUUUGGAGAAGGAUGGAGGGUUCGGGCAGCCGAACUUAUGGUUUGAGGGAAGAAAGACCACGCCUCUUUUUCACUCUUUUGCUGUUUUCAAUUGGUUUUCGCAUCUAAGCGUUUCUAGCGAUUUUGCUUUGGAGUCUACGGAAGGUGAUGAUCCUUGUCUCUGGUUUAGCUAUACCACCUUUUUCUCCGGUCUAAUAAUUUCAAAGCAUGAUAAUGCCUUAUGGACAAUGCCUUAUAAAAAACACCUUAUGGACAAUACCGUACGGCGC